AUGUUUGUCAAGCGCUCUGCACCCAAAGGGGUGCGCAAACGACCAAACCCGUCAGAUGCCGCAGCAGACCAACAGGGAGAAACUGCAGCAGCACCAGCAGCACCAGGAGGAGCAGCAGGAACAGAGGGGGAAGCUAUUUCAGCAGCAGCGGCAACAGCAGCCGCAGCAAGGUCUGAUGGCAGUGAUGAAGAACACGCAAAGAUAGCCAGAAGAAAGCAGCCAAGGACUAAUAUCUGCAAACAUUUCCUCGUUGGCAGGACGAAGACGAAAGCAUCAGAAAGGGAAAAAAUAACAAACGCCUUGGCUCAAGAAAGUAACCCCGAUCUUGUAAGAAAAGGAGGAGAAAUAUAG